AUGCAUAUGAAAUUUGCAGCUCUUGCGCUGGGCCUCGGCGUGGCCUCGGCCGCGCCCGCCAACAAGACGUCGGCUUGCAAGCCCUCGACUGGCGCGAUCAAGUACGCGCAACUAGGACCUCGCCCCUUCUUCCUCGUCGAUGACAUGGAAGAGAGCGAUCUCAAAGAUCAGUUGACGACGUGCAUGCGCACCAAGAGCAGCUACAAGCCCUCGGCCUGGAGCGUUGCGCACCGUGGUGGCGGCACCCUGAUGAUCCCCGAGCACAGCCUGGAGUCCAACAUGGCCGGUGCCCGCAUGGGAGCCGGCAUCCUGGAGUGCGACGUCGCCUUCACCAAGGACCGCCAACUGGUCUGCCGGCACUCUCAGUGUGAUUUGGCGACCACGACCAAUAUCGUGAGCAUCCCGGAGCUCAACGCCAAGUGCACCAAGCCAUUCACCCCGGCUUCUGGCACCACCGCCGCGAGCGCCAAGUGCUGCACCAGCGACCUCACUCUUGCCGAGUUCAAGACCCUUUGCGCCAAGAUUGAUGGCUCUAAUCCCAAGGCCACCACCGCCGAGGAGUUCCUCGACGGCACCCCGGCACACUCGACUGACCUCUACGCCACCUGCGGGACGCUCCUGACCCACAAAGAGCACAUUGAGCUGACCAACAGCCUCGGGUUGUCCUUCACCCCCGAGCUCAAGACGCCCGAAGUCAAGAUGCCGUUCGAGGGCGACUACACCCAGGAGCAGUAUGCUCAGCAGCUCAUUGACGAGUACAAGGCUGCCGGCAUUGAUCCGUCUCGUCCCGAGUUCGGAAAGCAGGCCGUCUUCUUGGACUCGGAGGGUGAAACGCCAGCCACCUUGCCCGUUGCUACGGAGAAGCUCACACAGCGAGCUGCCGACGGCGUGCGCAUCGUCGCGCCCCCGCUUCAGUAUCUCGUCACUCUUGACGAGAACAAGAACAUCAUCCCUAGCGCGUACGCUAAGAAGGCCAACGAGCUCGGCUUGGACAUUAUCACCUGGUCUCUAGAGCGCUCCGGAUUCCUCGGUGAUGGUUCCCACGGAGGGUACUACUACUCCACCAUCGCCGAUGCCAUUAACACGGAUGGCGACGUUUACAAGCUGCUGCACGUUCUCGCCCAGGAUGUCAAGGUUCGCGGCGUCUUUUCCGACUGGAGCGCUACGGUCACCUUUUACGCCAACUGCUUUGGCGUAUUCUGA